ACAAGCAGGAGAGACUCCUUGCUUGGUUUUUACGUCUCCAUUUCUGAGAGGAUACUGGAGGCUUAGGCUUUGGGCAGCUCCAGGGAUGCAGCGCUACAUCUGUGCGCGCUGCGCGCUGAAGCAGAAACGCUCUACGGCAUCUCUUGCCACUCUUUCUUUGAGCUCACAAACAGCGUUUCGCCAAAAUGGACGUUUCUUAUCAGCUGCGGGCGGCCUUAGACGUUCAUUUCAUACCGCGAAGAAGACUGCUGCAGUACACGAGGACUCGCCCGUCUCUCAGCUGUCUGUAGAUGAGAUCCUCUUGAAGACCGAAUUCGAAGAGAAAGGAAAUAUUCGUGAAUACCUACGAAAAUGGAGAGAGAAACAGCCGAUCUCACUUGAUCCUGUUCGCGAGCCAAACCUCUCGGGCCGCCCCAUGCCGUGGGUCGGCAAUAUGCUGAGUGAUAGUCGAGAGGCCCACGAUAAUGACAGCGAUAUGCUCUCAAUUACGGACGAGGCUACUUCUGAGUACUCGAGAGAUUCUGAAGAAGGCGGAGACAUGCAGGUACAUCUCGAGCCCGGUGAUCUCGUGGGGUUAUCUGCGCCAUCUGGAAGCAUACUUACCGCAAUAUACGUUCGUUCUAUCCAGAAGCAACAGCAGUUUUACACUGCAAGAGGCAAAUGGAGAGUGGCAUUCGCAAAAGAUCUGGACUACGUGAUAAAGGGAUUCGCUCCACGCGAAUUAGUUUCUCCCUUGCUCCCAUACUUCCCCGACACCCUGGCAACAUUGAGCUCGGAGAUGCAGUCGACAAUAGAAGGUGGUGUGCCCAGACCAGUUGGAGCGCCUCUUGUGAAACUGUUGGCGGAUUUCGACGAAGAUGUCCGCGCUAUCUACCGGGACAACUCGCAUCGAUUGGACAAUAUUCAUGAUUAUAUGGCUGAUGACGAUGAACCUCUUGAGUUUACCCUUCGGGAACUAGCAGCCAAAGCUCUUGGGAUCGAUGAAACAGCUGUCAAUGAGGCCACUAUGUUUGCCGUACAUAAGGCGAUCAAGCAGCAUCCUUUUAUCAUCGAUUAUGACAGAAGCUCUCCAUUCAGUGACUAUUAUUUGGUUCGACCCAAAAGAAUGGCCAAGAACAUCGAAACUGUUGGCCAGUGGGUUAGAGAACAUCAAGAGCAUCAAUUGGGAAUUGCUAAGCAAAAAGAAUCCGGAAACAUCAAAGAUCAUCCUUUACACAAGUUCUUGCAAAAGGCUCAGCGUCUGAUUCGGCUUAGUCGAAAGAUUAGGUCGCCUACUACGAUGUCCAGCGUUGGCCCAACAGCGCAGCGAUAUUCCCCGGAUGAGACUGACAACGGUAUGAUCUAUCGGGAAAUUUCGACCGAGAGCUUCAGCGAAUCAGACCGCAUCAUUAUUGAGUAUCUCCAACUCUACUCUAUACCACCCCGACGGAUGACUUCUGGGAUCAUUAGAUCUGCGGGUUCAUACAUAAUGCGAGCUACAGGAAUGUACAGCACGCUGGGACUAAGUGCAGCAUCCAUGCCACUUUUUCUUCAGGAACUCGGAGUAUUUUCUCCGUGGGAGAACCUACAUGUUCUGGACCAAUCUUUGUCUUUGCCGGGCCACGGACUGUCGCGCCGCUCAGACAAGCUAGUGGACAAUGUCAAGCAGGCCUGUGAAGAAAUCAAGGCAAAUGGCCUUAGGGAUGCUAUGCAAGACCUGAGGACUGACUUCGGCGACCUUCCUGUUUAUUGUGUCGAUGAUGCCGAUGCCGAGGAAAUUGACGAUGGUGUCUCUCUAGAACGUAUCCCUGGAUCAGACGAUACUUUCUGGAUCCGUGUGCAUGUGGCGAAUCCGUCAGCUUUUAUUCCCCCUGACCAUAUCAUCACGAAAUAUGCUUCCUCCCGCUAUCAAACGUUGUACGUCCCUGAACGUACAUAUCCGAUGCUCCCAAAAUCGGUCACUCAAGGUUAUUUCAGCUUAGCCUCUGGUCGUCCGACUCUGACAUUCAGCGCAAAGAUGAAUACUAAGGGAGAGAUCCUGGAUACAAACGUCACAAAUGGAUAUAUUAGGAACGUUAUCAACAUAACCCAUGCUGAUCUCCGGCAGCUCUUCAAUGAUGACAUUCAGAGUUCCUGGGAGACCUUCACCGUCGGAGGAGAAUUUCCGAAGCGUUCCCGACAAGGAUUGAAACGAAUAAUGUCUGAGGAGGACAAGACCACAUUCCACACAUUGAGGCAGCUGAUGCUCGCAUUCAGAGAGCAGCGACAGAAAAGGGGUGCUAUUGACUGGCCAGCUCCGGUUGAAACGCCGGUCUCUGUUUUCCUUGGAAAUAGAUCGAUGCCCUCUCAUAAGUUGAAUGUAGAGGAAGGGAGACAUUUCUUGGGUGACCCUGUGAUCCAGCUGCAAUAUCGAAAUUUCGACCCCUACGAGGUGGCAGAUCUCACCAAAAGAAACUUGAUAUCUACAAUCAUGAAUCUAGCUUGCUGGAUUGGGGGGCGCUGGUUGGCCGACCGCAACAUCCCUGCUGUCUUUGACGGGACAUGGUAUCACCCUGAAUAUGCUAAACUAACCAGAGAGAAUAUUUCUGAAUACGGUGGGACCAACUGGUUGGAUCUCGCAGCACCCAAGGGAAUCUCGUCCUCCAGUGUGAUACCCCAUGUCCCCCUCGGCCUAGAUGCUUACGUCAAGACGACCAGUCCCCUCAGACGUUAUGUCGAUCUGUUAGCACACUAUCAGAUCGAGGCAGCGUUGCGGUAUGAGAGUGCCCACGGCACACUGCUCGAUGCCAGAGAAAACGCAUCUGUCGUGCCCUUCCAGAAGUUGGAAGUUGACAGAUAUAUCGAGCGUGCCAGUUGGCAGCGUAUCAGACUGAAGCAGUGUGCCAUGUCAUCUGACCAGUUUUGGGCCUGUCUGUUCCUCUUCCGCGCAUUCUAUUUCAACGAAUGUGCAUUACCAGAGACCCAUACUUGUCUGCUGCACAACUCUUACAGCAAUACUGCGCUGGCGGGAUCCGCGGUGGGCGAGGGGUAUGCCGGUUUGCUUUUACCGUUUGGGGUCAGAUGUCAAAUUGUACUGCCACCUUCUAUGACAGAUGUCGACAUAAUGAGCAUGGUGGAGGCUAAAAUAGUGUCUGUUGACAUGUCGCGUACCAUGGUUCUCCUGGAAGCUGUUAGACUUGUUAAACACUAUGAGAGGGUGGGAGAAUGGGCCUAAGUGGACCGACAAGCUAUAAACGCCCGGGCUAUCUCGGCUAGACCUUGACAUCCUGACGAUAAUACUUCUGGGGGACCUCAGCGACGUUUUCCUCUUUCCUUUUCCCACAGGUGCUCAUGCAGCUUCAGGUGGCGAUCACGCGUUCCCGAUCAUGUUCAUGUCGAUAGACGUGGAUAUGUGGAAUAUCCUCCGGUUUCCAAAAUUCCCCAUACGUUCCUGCUCCACGAAGAUUCUUUUU